AUGUUGAACAUCACUGAGGAGAAAUGGUAUAAAGUUGACUUUUCCGCAGUGCCUUCGCUGAACCUGCCGGCCCCUCGGGGAGGGUGUUUGUUCUUUGUACAUUCCCAAACGGAUGUGGCUUACCUUUAUGGUGGUUAUAGUCGCGAUACUAAGCAGAAUGCGACCAGCGGCACGGAACAUACGGAUAUGUGGGCAUUGAAUUUGAAGAAUGCUGCUAAUACAUUGAAACCAUCGUGGGAGCGAAUCUCAAAAAAGGGUCCGGCACCUUCGAAGAGGAGUGGUAUGGCCUGUGCGGUGUACAAGAAUCGAUGUUUGGUGUUUGGUGGAGUCACCGAUGAAGAUAAGCCCGGCCUGACUCUCGAGAGCAGAUUCUACAACGAUCUGCAUGCCUUCGAUAUGGAGAGGAAGAGGUGGUAUGUGUUGGACUAUAAGUUGGGUCAGAAGAAGUCUCCAGAGAAGAAGAGUCGACGAAAUAGGGAGGGGCGAUCGAGCAAAGCAAACACUUCUACAUUUACGGCCUCAGUCGCGGUGGGUUUAAAUAUUUCACUUUUCGGACGGCGAGAAGUCUUUCAGGACCCGACGGAGAGGGUAGAGGAGGAGGAAGAGGAGGAGGACGAAAUGGCGAAGUUUGAGUGGCAGUUUGAAUACGUGGAUGAGAACGGACAGUUGGUGACGAUGAUAAUUCCGGAGGAAGAUCGAACUUCUUCGGAGGAGAGUGAUGGCGACCAGAAAGGUCCCGAAGCGGGGACUCUUCCAGCGGUGGUGGAGGAGCCUAUUGCCACGCCGGAGGUACUGAGGGCUCGCAGGGAUGAGGAGUUGGGGGUUAUAGAUGAGGAGGUGUGCCCGACUCUGGUCGAGGAGGAGGAGGAGACUGUAGUAGAGGCGGGGGCUACGGGCCUUGGGAAGAUGACUGCUGCUGAGGCGUUGAAGACUGGUAAUGUUGAUCUACCAGUAGAGAGGAUCAACUCGGCCCUCUUGGUUAAGGGUCAUACACUUAUCGUGUAUGGAGGGCUGCGGGAGUAUGGCGAUCGGGAGGUGACCUUUGACGACUGUUGGUCGUUGGAUCUACGACAGAGGACUAAGUGGACUUGCCUUAUCAAAGGCACCAUGGGCGAACAGAAGUGGAUGGGUAUAGUCCAGUCGGGAGUAUCCUGUGAGAGAAUAGUCGUGUCUGACUACGUCUACCUCACAGUCGCCCUCAAUAGAGCGGCCAAGUCUGGUAACCGUCCUAGCAGCACUGAGUGGGAGUCUAUGGUGGGCCGCUGGCUCCGCGUACACGCCAGUCAAAUGCCCGUUCGUCAAGCGACUCUAACCAUGAACACACUAGCGAGAACAGGAGCUUCUGAUUCUUGCGGUUGGAUAAGGGGCUCGCUAAAGGCUCUGGUGGAGCACUCUGCCGAGUUAGUACCGCAAGAUCUAUCGCUUGCCGUGAAUGCAGUGGCGAAGGUGCUGGCUGAUGAAAACAAGCGUUCAAAGGACGGGGUGCCCGAGUGUGUGUUGGUCUUGUGUGAGGAACUCAUCCGCAGUGUACUCCCUCGAGUUGGAAAAGACUUGUCUCCACAGGGAAUCGCCAAUGUGAGAGUAAUCGGUCAAAAUUGUGUGUAUUAA